GUGACACACAAAGAAACUAUCCAGCAAUGCAUAGAAGAAUGCAAUGCAAGGAUUGAGAUUGGCUUGCAUUAUGGAAACCCAUACCCCAGACCUACCCACCUACCUCCCAUGGGGUUGCCACUGUCUCACAGUAAAAAAAUGAACAAACAAGACAAGAUGAGGAAGCAAGCUAAGCCUCUGUAUCUGAAAUCGUAUGAUGAGAUCUCCUAG